GGCAUACUCAGUCCUCAAUCGAACAGUAGAAGAUGACUUUCAAGUUCACGAUAGCUUUUCUGCUGGUCGCCAGCGUUGCAUUCAUAUCGACGAAACCCACCCUGAAAAUUGUCGGUGGAGAGGAAGCUACGGCACACGAGUUCCCCUAUCAAAUCUCGCUACAGUGGAACUUCAAUGAUGGAGAGCAAGAACCAAUGCACUUCUGUGGAGGAUCGCUGCUGAAUGCAAACUUUGUCCUGACGGCUGCCCACUGCAAGACCAGCUAUUCCGAUGAUGGAUUCAUCGAAGUAGUUGCCGCUGAUCACGAUGUAGCUGUUGCAGAAGGACCGGAGCAGCGUCGCCUGGUGGAACGAUUCACUGUUCACGAAGGGUACGGAGGAUCGGUCAGUCCCGACGACAUUGCCGUCAUUCGGGUGGAUAAACCAUUCGAGUUGAACGACAAAGUGAAACCCGUUAAAUUGCCUGAGCAGUUUGAAGAGUUCGAAGGCGAUGUAACCCUGAGCGGAUGGGGUUCCGUUUCGACGAGUUACCUACCGGAAUAUCCGGAUAAGUUGAGGAAAGCUGUGCUUCCACUGGUAGACUACAGCUCAUGCCACGCACUGUGGGGAUUCGACAGUGUGCUGGUGCAGAGUAAUGUUUGCGCCGGACCGCUCGAUGGCUCCAAAUCGGCUUGUUCGGCUGAUUCGGGUGGCCCACUGGUGAAACAGUCCGGUAACGAAGUGAUUCUAGUCGGUGUUGUGUCGUGGGGUGCCGUGCCAUGUGGAGCCCCAUACCGGCCGACCGUGUUCGCUGGUGUUUCCUGGUAUGUCGACUGGAUCGAAAAGCAGCUCCAUGUUUGAAAUGUGUUAUUGAGUUUUGACCAAAGCAAUUGUUGAAUAAGGACAAAUAAAAAAAUGUAUCAAAAAUAUGAUAUAGGCAAUCGUUCAUAAUGAGACAAAAUUAGUUCAAGUGCUCUUUCAGGCAAUCAAAGACUAAAAUAGUAGCCGAAUAUUAGUA